UAAAGAUAAUGAGAUGGCCUAUUUAAGAAAGCCAAAAAAGAAGUCACCGAAUCAGACCCCUCCUCCAAAUAUCCCCAAUUCCAGAGCAUAGAAAAUUCCAGUAAUCAUGUCUUCACGCGAUAAGAAACCCUCAAAGUCCUCGAGUAGCCGCCCCGGCGGCAUCCGGACUCUCUCCGACUUGAAUCGGCCCUCUGGCCAUGACUCAGACAGCGACUCUGAUGGCCCACAGGAGUACUACACCGGUGGCGAAAAGAGUGGUAUGCUUGUCCAAGAUCCUUCAAAGGGUAAUGAUGUGGAUGCAAUUUUUGAUCAAGCAAGGCAGUUGGGUGCUGUUCAAGGCCCCUUGGAAAAUCUUAAUCCAUCUUCCAGCUCAAGAAGCUUUACUGGGACUGGAAGGUUACUCUCGGGUGAAACUGCGCCAUCUGCAGCUCCCCAGCAGCCUGAGUCAGUAGUACACAGCAUUGUUUUCUGGAGAAAUGGUUUCACUGUUAAUGAUGGCCCUCUGAGGAGUUUGGAUGAUCCUGAAAAUGCACCUUUUCUGGAGAGCAUCAGAAAAUCCGAGUGCCCUAAAGAGCUUGAACCUGCAGACAGGAGAUCAUCUGUUCACGUGAAUCUUGUGAGGAGGGAUGAGAACUGCCCUGAACCAGAGAAACGUCAGGUUCCAUUUCAAGGUACUGGUAGAACUCUAGGAAGUAGCUCCGCAACUGAGAACGGGGUCGAGGCAACUGUUUCUGUUCCACUCAGAACUGCUCCAUCUCCUUCUGCAGGCUUGGUUGUUGACCAAUCACUGCCUUCCACCUCAAUUCAGCUACGAUUGGCUGAUGGAACACGCAUGGUAGCACGCUUCAACUAUCAGCAUACUAUAGAUGAUAUCCGGUCCUUCAUUGAUGCAUCUAGGCCGGGAGGAACCAGGACUUAUCAGCUGCAAUCUGUUGGAUUUCCUCCCAAGGUUCUCACUGAUCCGAACCAGACAAUUGAGGAAGCCGGGUUAUUGAAUUCAGUCGUUAUUCAGAAACUGUGAUUGGCUAUGUGAAAAUUUGUUUCUCAGUUUCUCACAAUAGCUACUUGUAUUUGGUACCAAACUUGGGAUUUAUGUUUCUAAAAGCAACAUUUAUGUUUGAAGUUGAAGAUAAACAUGUAUAAAAGAUUCGUUUGAAUAGGCUGCUCUGUUUAACUACGAAUCAAGUCUACUGGGAGAGAGCUUCAUUUCUGAACUCAACAUUGUUAUGGAAUAUUUGACUUGUAUAACGGAUUAUAUGAGCGCAAGCAAAAAUUGCCAGAUCAAACUGAAGCCAUUGUAAUUUAUAUGGUUUGGCUUCGGGUAAUGAGCAAAAAACAUCCCUAUCGUUUGUACUCA